UAUAUCCCCAGAGAGAGAGACUUGCUGAGGUAGAGUAUAUAAAGGCUCCUUAGUGGUGCAAAAAGGCUUCCUUUCUCCCCGUUCUCACGGCACAAAUGAAUGCAGAAAUCAGCAGCAGCAUGAAGAUUAUUAUCACUUUAAAUCUGCUCCUGAUAUCCAUCCACAUUGGAAACUCGCUUUUGAUCGGAGCAUUUAACAUCAAAACCUUUGGGGACUCAAAAGCAUCCAAUGCCACUCUGCUUGACAUCAUUACCAAAGUAGUUCACCGCUAUGACAUUGUACUCAUCCAAGAGGUGAGAGACAGUGAUCUCUCUGCAACGAAUAAACUGAUGGAAAGUGUAAAUGGAGGUUCCUCUCCAUAUGAGUAUCAGCACAUUGUAAGUGAGCCCUUGGGUAGAAGCACUUACACAGAGAGAUAUCUCUUUAUUUACAGGCGCCAGACAGUGUCGGUUUCAAACAGCUUCCAGUAUGAUGAUGGAUGUGAAUCCUGUGGAACUGAUACUUUCAACAGAGAACCCUUUGUUGUGAUGUUCUCCUCUGAUACAGCUGUCCGGGACUUUGCCCUCAUUCCCCAGCAUACAUCUCCAGAAGUCGCUGUGCAGGAAAUCGAUGCUCUGCAUGAUGUUGUCUUGGAUACUAGACAACGUUUGAACACAAAUAACAUCAUGCUUUUGGGAGACUUCAAUGCUGGCUGUAGCUACGUUUCAAAUUCGAAUUGGUCAAAUAUUCGACUCCGCACUGACCAAAGCUACACCUGGCUCAUCCCUGACAGUGUGGACACAACCGUCACAAACACAAACUGCCCUUAUGACAGGAUUGUGGCCACCCCUGACAUGAUGAAAGGAGUGUCCCCUGGAUCAGCACAGGUCUUUGACUUCAUGGAAACCCAUGGAUUGAGCCAGAGCUGGGCCCUGGCAGUGAGCGAUCACUUUCCAGUUGAGGUCAAGCUCAUGUGAAAAAGAGAUCAAGGUUGUUCCCUCACAGCAGAUACACACUGCUUGUAACACUUGGUGGGAAUAAAAAGAAAUCAUUUGCUUCAA